GAAGGCGCACGGUGCAGAACCUUCGCUGCGCUGCACCCGGGGCUGAAGAGCAGGAGCCGACGGGGCAGGGUCGGGAUGGUGCAGCGGCGGCUCCGCGGCGCACACGCGCACUGAGUGGGCCCAAGCUGGGCCGCGCGCCCCCCGCGCCCCCCGCCGCCGCGAUCCCGGCCGGCAUGAUGUGCCUGGAAUGCGCCUCAGCGGCGGCGGGCGGCGCGGAGGAGGAGGAGGCGGACGCCGAGCGGCGCCGGCGCCGGGGGGCGCAGCUAGGGGUCAGCGGAGCCGGUUGCUGCGGGGCGCGGGCAGCGAGCGCUGCUGGAGUCGCGGCCGCCGACGAUGAGGUGCAGACGCUGUCGGGGAGCGUGAGGCGGGCCCCGUCGGGACCUCCAAGCACCCCCAGCACCACCAGCUGCGCAGCCGCUGCCAAGGGCCCAGGCGCGCAGCAGCCCAAACCCGCCAGCUUGGGCCGCAGGCGAGGGGCAGCCGCCGCCAUCCUCAGCUUGGGCAACGUGCUCAACUACCUGGACAGGUACACCGUAGUAGGCGUCCUUCUGGAUAUCCAGCAGCACUUCGGGGUCAAGGACCGAAGUGCCGGACUGCUGCAGUCAGUGUUCAUCUGCAGCUUCAUGGUGGCUGCCCCCGUUUUUGGCUACCUGGGUGACCGCUUCAACAGGAAGGUGAUCCUCAGCUGUGGCAUUUUCUUCUGGUCGGCGGUCACGUUCUCCAGCUCCUUCAUCUCCCAGCAGCACUUCUGGCUGCUGGUCCUGUCCCGGGGGCUGGUGGGCAUCGGCGAGGCCAGCUACUCCACCAUCGCGCCCACCAUCAUCGGCGACCUCUUCACCAAGAACACACGCACGCUCAUGUUGUCUGUCUUCUACUUCGCCAUCCCGCUGGGCAGCGGCCUGGGCUACAUCACUGGCUCCAGCGUGAAGCAGGCAGCCGGAGACUGGCACUGGGCCUUGCGGGUGUCCCCCAUCGUGGGCAUGAUCACAGGAACACUCAUCCUGGUCCUGGUCCCAGCCACUAAGAGAGGCCAUGCCGACCAGCUCGGGGGGCAGCUCAAGGCACGGACUUCGUGGAUCCGAGACAUGAAGGCCCUCAUCCGCAACCGCAGCUACGUCUUCUCCUCCCUGGCCACGUCGGCUGUGUCCUUCGCCACAGGGGCCCUGGGCAUGUGGAUCCCGCUGUACCUGUACCGGGCCCAAGUCGUGCAGAAGACAGCAGAGACGUGCAGCAGCCCGCCCUGCGGGGCCAAGGACAGCCUCAUCUUCGGGGCCAUCACCUGCUUUACGGGCUUCCUGGGUGUGGUGACGGGGGCAGGAGCCACGCGCUGGUGCCGCCUGCGGACCCAACGAGCCGACCCGCUGGUGUGCGCCGUGGGCAUGCUGGGCUCCGCCAUCUUCAUCUGCCUCAUCUUCGUGGCCGCCAAGAGCAGCAUCGUGGGGGCCUAUAUCUGCAUCUUUGUCGGGGAGACACUGCUGUUUUCUAACUGGGCCAUCACUGCGGACAUCCUCAUGUGUGUGGUCAUCCCCACGAGACGGGCCACCGCCAUGGCCCUGCAGAGCUUCACCUCUCACCUGCUGGGGGACGCUGGCAGCCCCUACCUCAUCGGCUUUAUCUCCGACCUGAUCCGCCAAAGCACCAAGGACUCCCCACUCUGGGAGUUCUUGAGUCUGGGCUACGCCCUCAUGCUCUGCCCCUUCGUCGUGGUCCUGGGCGGCAUGUUCUUCCUCGCCACUGCGCUCUUCUUCCUCAGUGACCGUGCCAAGGCUGAGCAGCAGGCUCUCCCACCUCCCCCUGGGGCUGACGAGGUCCCUGCCCAGCACGUCCGGUCAGCCGGCCUCCGUGAUGCGAUGUGCCAGAGCAGUGCCCGGGCUCGGCCCCCGCUGAUCCGCUGCCUUGACCCCUGCCCGUCUCUCCCCCAGGGCGAACGAGCUGGCAAUGCCGCCGGCAUCCAUGAAGGUCUGAGGCGGUGCCUCUGGAACUAUGAAGAACGCUCCCUCCCACCCAGCCUGGGAGGUGUCCUUCCGCAUCCCAGCCCUGCGGGGCUGGCCAGCUUCCCACAUGGCCCACGGCUGGACACUCACCAUCUCUGGUCUGGGACUGCUGGGUGGCCAUGGCUCCAAGAGGAGGCUAUGUCCUCAGCGAACCUGGAGGGCUGUGUGUGCUGGGGCCACACAGCCGGACAGGCCCCCAGCUCUGGGUUAGGGCUGCAGGGCCCUCGGGACCCCAGGAGGCGGCAGCCCCCACUGGGUGUGUGGAGAGAGACUGGUCUGCCACCAGCUUACAUGACCCUGGGCAAGGGCCUACCCUCUCUGGACCAUGGGGCCAGGGAGCUGGACUUCCCUGUGGGGCUCGCUGGGCAUGGCACUCGAGGAAGCUUUGAAGACCCAGCAGCUCCUGGACUGCACCCAGGGGCGGCCCAGGCCUCAGGGUGCCACUUCAGGCUCUGAGGCUCCCUGGUGUGUGGGACCAUAGCCUUCCAGCUGGGCCUCUGACCUCAGAGACAGAGGAUGGACUCAACCUGGCACCGAGAACUCCCUUGUCUCUGCUUCUUUGGGCUGGCUCCAGGGUGGGGACCUGGCAUCACCAGGGGUGAAGGCCCUGGUGGCUGCUAUAUACCAUCUGUGCCCCCAGACCUGGGAUCUGGGGCCUGCCCGGAAGACAGGACUCCUUGUGGUCCCUGGAAAACCUGUUCCUAUCCUCCUGGACCCCCAACACAAGCCAGAACCUGCUCCUGCCCCACAACAGGUUUUUUCCACAGGCAGAACCCAGGGGGAUUCUUCCUGAAACCACAGGGAGCAACCAGGGCUCUGACAGCCAGAGGAAGCAGCCACCACCAAGCUCCUGACCCAAGGUAGAGCUGGUGCAGGCUGACACUUCAGAGCCACCUCCACCCACGUCAGCGCUGUUGCUCCCGUGCACUUCCACAGCCCAUGACCACCUGUGGUCCCCCCUGCGCACACCAUCCCACACUCACAGCCACGUGUGGGGCGCAGCUGCUGAACUUCACACCAGACCUUGGCGCCCACCGUGCAGCUCAUCGCGUCCCCUCUGCUCCACACUCCCUCCCUGCACAUUUGCUGGAAUCAAGGUGGUUCUGGUCUGGGGCCCCUUGCAGCCAGGAGGAGACUCUAAGAGCCAGCUCCCUCUGUAGUUAGCAGCUGAUGUGGCUUCAGUGGUGUGUAAGCUACUGGAAUACCCACUCCCCACCAAACUCUGGGGCACCUUGGAGGGGGCCCAACAAGGGGGUGGGAUCCCCAAAGACCAGCCUGGCCUCCACCCUCACCCCGGCCUCCACUGGGGCCCCAGCAAUGUUUUCUUGUUGUACAAGAACCAGGUCCAAGUGUUGCCUCCUCUUCCUUCCGGAAGCCAAACUGCUCCUUUAUUUUUUAGAGCUGCUGAUUGUGAAUCUCAGAGUCUUAAGAGAGAAGCCAAAUAUAUUCCUCUUGUAAAUGAAGAAAUAAACCUAUUUAAACCAUG